AUGACAGCUCUUACGACAGCAAAGUUCCUUACUGAUCGUGUGGCUAUUGUGUCUGCCUCAACUAAGGGUAUUGGAUUCGCUAUUGCGAAGCGGCUGGGAGCUGAUGGAGCAUCUGUAGUAGUUAGUAGCAGAAAGUCGCAAAACGUUGAGGAUGCCGUCAGUGCCUUACGACUAGAAGGUGUUGAUGCUGCGGGAAUCGUAGCUCAUGUUGGAGUGAAAGAAGAUCGGAAGAAGCUCAUAGAAUUUGCCCUUGAUCGAUAUGGCAAACUCGACAUACUGGUUUCCAAUGCAGCUGUCAAUCCUCAUUUUGGUGAUAUUAUGAGCAUUUCUGACUCUCAAUGGGAUAAACUUCUUCAAAUUAAUGUGAGUUUUUGA